AUGAAUAACGAAACCUACGAACCGACCCAACGAACCCACCAUAAUGUCGCCGGCGGUUCCUCAACAGGCUCCCCGGGCUUCCCGACGGGUAUGAAGGAUUCACGAUCAGACUACGAUCCUGCAACAAAGGGCUACAACCCUGCAACAGGGUCAAGCUAUGAGAAGCCAACAGCCAACAUGACAGACCGGGCAGCGAGACAAGAUCAGCCCUCCACCACGACUGAUAAGAGCUCCAUGGCGGGGUCAAAGGCCGGUGAUAAUCUCGGUCGCGGAGUGAAGGGAGCUGCGGCUUCUGUUCAUGGUGCCGGGGAAUCCCUGCGUGGAGCCGUGAAUACCGCUGUUGAUCGGGCCUUCGGGUCUGACGAGGGGGCAGAGCGGAAUGCGAACAUCGCGCGUAAAGGCGAGGAGGAGAUUCGGUCGGGGAAGUUUGCGGGGCGCAGUUGA